GUUUGACUUUCGCUCGCCAGCGCACCAGCCAGCUGAAGUGAAGGUGGCAAUAGCGCUAUCAUUUUGUAAUUUUACUUCACGUAGUGUACGUUAAGUGUUUGUGAAUUUCAGUUCAAUACUAAAUAAACAAUCAUGUCGGGUAAGGCUAACAAGGCUUUCACAAAAGAGGAAGAAUUGCUGCUUCAAGAUUUCAGCCGGAAUGUAUCCACGAAAUCUUCUGCCCUCUUUUACGGAAACGCUUUCAUCGUAUCGGCUAUUCCAAUAUGGUUGUUCUGGAGGGUGCAUGCUUUGGAGGUGAGCUCGUCCUUGGCGUGGUUUGCUAUGGUAACGACAGCGAGCACCUGGUUGUUGGCUCUUGCCUACAGGAACACCAAGUUCCAGCUGAAGCACCGCGUAGCUGUGCGCAGAGAAGACGCUGUUGCCCGCGAAAUGGCCCGCAAGCUGGCUGAUGACAAGAAGAUGAGCAGGAAAGAGAAGGAUGAAAGGAUUCUGUGGAAGAAGAAUGAGGUGGCUGAUUACGAAGCUACCACCUACUCAAUCUUCUACAACAAUGCUCUGUUCCUGACCAUUGUCAUCCUUAGCAGCUUCUACAUCCUGCGCUCAUUCACACCUACUGUUAACUACAUUGUAUCCCUGACGGCUGCCUCAGGACUGCUGGCGCUGCUCUCCACUGGAACCAAGUAAGGAAUGCAAGUGUGUAGUGCCAACAGAACAAAAUGAACAUCUACUUUUGUCUGUAGUACUCAAAGUGGCAAGAAUGUGAGUGAGUGAGAUUGUUACAAAAGUUCAGAAGAAAUCCCUCUAUUUUGACGAGGCAAGUGUACUAAACUUUGCAGUUAUUUAUGUGUUUACAUUGAAUAAAUAUAGAGUAAUUUUAUAAUUUAAUUAUAAUAAAAAAGUUUAAAAC